UUCACCUUUCAUGCCAGGAACCCUUGAACCUGAACAUCGCCGGUAACCGGCGGGCAUGCAGGCGAUCGGAUGCGCUGCAACUCCAUUCCACCGGCCUAUUGACCACGCGGCCUGAACUCUCGUCUGAAGUCGCCGCAUCUCGGUUCGUCUCGCUCGCUCUUGCAACACGGCAUACACACACGACCCGGCGCAGAAAGCGCCAGGCCACGCAACGCGAUGGUGUCGGCUCGUCGGGCAGAGACGCGAUGGGUAACGCGUGUAAUUCCUUUCGUCCUUGCCGGUUGUAUUGGCUUCGUGAUUUACGUCGUCGUUAAGCGCAUAUGCCUCGACUUCUUCAUCUCCUACCGACACCAGACCGGUACCGCGAUCGCUUUCCUUGUCCUACACUUUAUGCUUCUUCUGCUGGUGCUCGUGACGUAUCUUCGAGUAUUCCUCGUUAUCCAGCUCGACCCCGGAGUGACACCGCUUGGCCCAAAAGCCACCGAAAAAAGCACGAAAACCAAGAGGCGCAGGCGACGGGAACAGGACCUUGAGACCGCCCAAAGAUAUGAGGCACGGCCAGACGACAACCCCGAUAGCCCGGGCCUCGAGAGCUUUUACAGCAAGGACGUGUUCGUUUGCGAAACAGACGGGCGACCGCGAUGGUGUAGCACGUGCUGCAACUGGAAAAUCGACAGGGCGCAUCACUGCAGCGAGAUUGAGCGAUGCGUGAAAAAGAUGGACCAUUAUUGCCCUUGGGUGGGUGGAAUAGUUGCCGAGACGUCAUUCAAGUUCUUUGUCCAGUUCACAUUUUACACCGCAAUAUAUAGCAUCAUUGUCAUUGUCGCGGCCGUCAUCUGCUUCCAGUCCAAGGUUCGCAACGAGCUAGGGGUCGACGGGGCUGUCAUCGGCGCGCUGGCGCUCGCUGCUUUUUUCGGGCUCUUCACUUUCACCAUGACGGUGACAUCAGUGCGCUACAUCCUGUUGAAUCUCACGACAGUCGACCAUAUGAAAGCCAAGAAGGUCGUGCACCAGCUCGCCAUCCGGGUCCCCCGAGGGACGCCACCGGGGCAGAAUUACAACGUCAUCACCUAUCCCCUACCCAAGUCCCCCAGCGAAGCGAAUCCAGCGAAACAGGCGAUUGGUACCGAAGUUACCUCUCCUAGGGACCAACUUGCAACACGGACAUUCGCCGUCGUCAAAACCGAAAUGGGCGAAAACCCAUGGGAUUUGGGCUAUUACCGCAAUUGGAAGUCAGUCAUGGGGGACAAUGUCAUCGACUGGCUGCUUCCGAUCAAGAAGUCGCCUUGCGCUCUGUACGAAAAUAAUGAGAGCUUCUAUGAGAUGGGGCCGCUGUACCAGAAGUUGCGGGCCAGGUUUCGGCUUCCUCCUCUGCCGGCCGAAAGCGAAGGGAUAGAAAUGAGGGAGCGGGAAAGAUAGAAGAUGGAUUGUGGUAUGACGAGACACGGAAUAAUGACAUAGACGCUUAGAUACCCCAGGGUCGAUGUGAGCAACCAAGGAACAAGCUGCUUGCUUGUACACUCUUGUUCGUUAAAUAACCGAGUAGCGGUGACUUUUAGUUGGACGAGAGCGCUGCAUGACGCAGUACACGUACCUGAUGUUAAGUUGGGGGGCAGAGUGAAGUGAGCGCGCGCUAUCCUAUAGCGGGCGUUACCGCCGAACUCAGUCUCGUUGUGUUCUUCCUAUUUUGACCGCGCGAGCGCCCGGUCAGGUCAACUGGCUGAUCUGGGCUGAUCUGAGUGCUUCACCUAGGAGUGAGUUUAGGGAAGCCGCCAGACUUGAUGAUCAUC